AUGCCUACUGUCUCUGUGAAUAAGCAGCAAUUAUUUGAGCUUCUGGGCAAAAACUAUACUUCUCAAGAAUUCGACGAAUUAUGUUUUGAAUUCGGCAUGGAAAUGGACGAGGACACCACAGAGGAGGCGUUGAAAACUGGGGAAGAGCCAGAAUUGAAACUUGAUAUCAGUGCCAACCGUUACGAUUUGCUUUGUAUCGAAGGUAUUUCCCAAUCACUAAACGAAUACUUGGAACGUGAAGAGAGACCUGAUUAUAAAUUGAGUAAGCCAACGACUAAGUUGAUCAUUGACAAAUCGACGGAACAAAUUAGACCUUUCGCUACAGCCGCCGUGUUGAGAAACAUUAAGCUUAAUGAAAAAUCAUAUGCUUCUUUCAUUGCGCUGCAAGAUAAACUACAUGCCAAUCUUUGUAGAAACAGAAGCUUGGUUGCUAUGGGUACUCAUGACUUGGAUUCAAUUGAAGGUCCAUUCCAUUACAGAGCAUUACCACCAAAGGACAUCAAAUUCGUACCAUUGAAUCAAACCCAGGAAUUCACUGGCGACAAAUUGAUCGAGUUUUAUAAGUCUCCAGAACAGAAAAACAACAUCGGAAGAUACGUCCACAUUAUUGAGGACUCCCCCGUCUUUCCAGUUAUUAUGGACAGCAAAGAUCGUGUUUGCUCAUUGCCACCAUUGAUCAACAGUGAACAUUCAAAGAUCUCUGUGGACACUCGUAACAUCUUGAUUGAUAUUACGGCAACCGACAAGACCAAAGCUGAAAUUGUUUUGAAUAUAUUAACUACUAUGUUUUCACGUUAUUGUGACGAACCGUUUACAGUAGAACCUGUAGAAAUUGUUUCUGAACACAAUGGUCAAUCGCGUUUGGCACCAAACUUCAAUGAUAGAAUUAUGGAUGUCUCCAUCAAAUACAUUAACUCCUGUCUUGGUUUAGAUCAAUCCGCAGAUGAAAUUGCCCAUUGUUUAAAGAAGAUGUCAUUACAUGCUGUGCAAGCGAAGGAAAAUAAGGACAUCCUGCACGUUGACAUUCCAGUGACAAGACCGGAUAUUUUGCAUGCUUGUGAUAUAAUGGAAGACGCCGCUGUCGGUUACGGUUUCAACAAUCUUCCAAAGGGUGAAAAGCUUUCCAAUGCUAACUUCAUUGCAAAACCAUUACCGAUCAACAAGGUUUCCGAUAUUUUCAGAGUUGCAUCCUCUCAAGCAACAUGGAUAGAAGUUCUGCCAUUGACUUUAUGUUCACAUGAUGAAAACUUCAAAUACUUAAGGCAAACUGACAGCAAUGACACAGCUGUCAAAUUGGCCAAUCCAAAGACUCUUGAGUACCAAGUUGUGAGAACAACCUUGCUACCAGGUAUCUUGAAGACUGUCAAGGAGAACAGAAAGCACUCCUUGCCAAUUAAAGUCUUUGAAACUGGUGAUGUCGUUUUUAAAGACGAAAAAUUAGAAAGAAAAGCCUACAAUGAACGCCACUGGGCUGCCAUUUAUGUGGGUAAGAACUCUGGGUUUGAGAUCAUUCAAGGUUUAUUAGGUAAAAUCAUGCAAACCUUCAGAACGGCAUGGAUUGCCGACUAUGGUGCUGCUGCUUCUGGCAGAGGUUACUGGAUUGAAGAAGACGAUUCUGUGAAAACCUAUUUCCCAGGAAGAGGUGCCAAGGUUAUGUUUAGAUCCAAAGAAGGUGUUAAGCCAGAACAAAUUGGUCACUUAGGUGUCUUGCAUCCUGAAGUCAUGAUGAAUUUCGACGUUCCAUUUGCUGCAUCCUUCGUGGAGGUUAAUGCCGAAGUUUUCCUAUAA